GCUGAGGUUCGAACUGGCGGAAGGCGGCGGAGCAGCGGCGCAGCCCCCGCAUCACAGAGAAGCCCCUCAGGAGAAGCCCCCGGGAUGGCCGGGAAGGACGAAAAAGAUGGGAAAGAUGGAAAGGAUGGAAGCACGGACAGCUGGGCCGGCAUCGAGGAGCGCCUGGAGAAGAUCAGGGAAAGCCUCCGGACCCCCUCGGCCCCUGUCUCCCGCCGUGUCCGUGCCUGUGACCGCGCCCUGCGCUCCUGCGCGGCCGAGCUGGCCCGGCCCGGCGGGCACGCAGCCCACGGCUCCCGGCUGCUGGCCCUGGCCCUGGAGGCCGCCCAGCUCUACCUGAGCCUGCAGCCCGAGCCCCCCGAGCUGUACCUGGAGAAGAUCCUGUUCCACGUGCUCCGGAACGCCGCGGCAUGGGUGGGACCCCAAACCUGGAGCGUGGCCGAGCUGCUGCGGGCGCGGCUGCGGCGCUGCCACCGCCGCCACAGCGACUGGGCCGCCGUCACCUCCAGCGCUUUCGGGGUCCUCUGGAAAGCUGCUGCCACUCUGGCCGGGCCAGAACGGCCACGGGAGGAGGGCAGGGCGGUGCUGACCGCCAGGAUCCGCGCCCUGCGCUUCCUGCUGCUGCUGGAAUCGCAGGAUGGGCAAUUCUCCCCUCGGGAACCCUUCCAGCCGCCCUUCUUCACCUCGCAGACCGCCCAGCACGCCGCGGCCGCUGCGGCUCUCUACGAGGCUCAGAGGGCUCCGUGCCCGCUCUUCCUGGCCAAGCAGCUCCAGGAAUUGCUGCUGGACACUCUGAGGGAUGAAUCCCCAAAGCCUCCAGGCCUCCAGGACUCCCUGUGCUUCCUGGAGCUCACCCUGGAGCGCUGCCGCCACCUCUGCAAAGCCCGGCGGCCCCGCGACGCUCUGGAGGCCCUGGAAGAGUCCAGAACGUUCCUGGGAGCUGGGAAUUCUCUGGGACCCCCUCUGGAGCUGCUGGAAGCCGGGAUCCAGCUCAGCCGGGCUCUGCUGGCCAAAGGCGUGGGCGCCGUGGGGCCGGCGCUGAGGCGGGCGGCAGCGGCGCUGGCGGCGGAAUGUUCCGGAAGGGUCCUGCGGGCGCUGCUGGAGAGCUCCCAGUUCGUGCUGGCGCAGCUCGGGGAGGUGCUCAGGAGGAGCCGGGAGCUGCCCCUCGGCCUCCAGGAGCUGCCUGGGAUCUGUGGCUUCUGCCAGGGCCACGGGCAGGCGCUGCGGCGGCUGCUGGCCCAGGUGCCUCCUGACUCCAUCAGAGAGCAGGUGAUGGUGAAGCAGCUGCUGUUCCAAGGCCUCCAGCUCUUCUCCAACGCCAUCCAUGAAAUAUUCCAGCGCUCCCAGCCCUCAGAGUGGCCGGAGCUGUCCCAGGUGACCACGAGCUGUGUCCAGAGCGUCACCUGGAUGCUGGAGGGGCUGGAGGGGCUGCCCGAGGCCGAGAGGGGCAAAUUCCUGGAUGUCACCGCUGUGGUCACCUCCCGCCUGGGCCAGGCCCUGCAGAGCCGGAACGUUCCGGAAGCGGCCGGAGCCGUGUGUGAGCCCCUGUGCCAGGCGGUGCUGGCUGACCACGGCUACAGCUGGCCUGGAGUGACCCCAGAGAGGCUCCACAGGUGCUUCCGGCUGCAGGUGGAGAGCUGGCGCUGCCGGGGGCGCCCGGAGCGGGCCCUGGACAUGCUGGCCCAGUGGCUGCUGGCCCUGGGGACACAUCCCCAGGGGCUGGGGACACAUCCUCGGGGGUUGGGGACACAUUCGCAGCCCGGCUCCCUGGUGGCCGAGCUGGUGACGCUCUGGGCCAGGAUCAAGACGGAGGCGGCCAAACAGGGAGCGGAGGAGCUGCGGCUACGGACCCUGCGGGACGCCCUGGAGUCCCAGUCCCGAUCCCAUUGCCAGCCCCUGUGUGGGGACACGCUGCUGCUCCUGCUGCUGGCCGAGCUCCAGGCCUACAAAUCCCUGCGGGGCCCCACAGGGCCAGAGCGCUACAACGUCCUGUGCGACCUGCUGGGGCUGUGGGACCCCGAGGGGGCCUGGGACCCCCCGGGAACGCGGGAUCCAGGGGGCAGCCGGGACCCCCCGGGAAUGCCCGACCCCGGCCGGAGCCUGCCCAGGGCGGUGGCGCUGCUGGAACUGGGACAGCUCCUGUGCAGCCACAGCUUCAGUGCCCACACCGACUGCUCCGCCCUGGACGCCAUCCAGGAGUCCCUGAGGCUGCUGGAGUCGUUGUCCCGGAAUUCCCAAACCUGCAAUUCCCAAAUCCGGGAUCAACUCCUGGAUGAACACGCCCAGGCUCUGCUCUGGCUCCACAUCUGCACCCUCGAGGCCCUCCUGGAAAAGAGCGUGGCUCGGGAGCGGCGCGGGCGGGGCCGGGCUCCAGAGCCGGGCUGGGAUCAGGAGCCCGAGGGGGAGCGGCCGGGGGCGCCCGACGGGAUCCGCUGCAGCCUCAGCUCCGACAGCGCUCUGUCCAAACCCUUGGACGAAGCCUUUUCCCUGUGGAAGAAGCUUCUGGAAGAUCCCGGAGUUCCCUGUGUGCGCAGCCCCGAGCAGACCCUGAGCUCCCUGCAGCUCCUGGCCGCGCUCUACCGGCUCCAGCACAAGCCCAUCCAAGCCCUGGAGAGUUUCCUGCUGCUCCUCUCGCUGUGCCGGAGGCUCGGGGAUCAUUCGGGAACGGCCAAUGCCCUGUGCCAGAUCAGCCGGAUCCUGCUGCAGCUGGAGAGCCCUGCCCAGGCCCAGGUUUUCCUGGAGGAGCUGGAAUUGUGCCUGGAGGAGGAUGAGGGCACCGAGGAUUCCCGGCUGCUCCUGCGCCAUUCUCGGCUCCUGCUGCACAGCCACCUCUGCUGCCUCCAGAAAAAGGCGGAUCAGGGCGUGGCCCUGCUGCUGGAGGCCCUGAAGGAGCCCCAGGCCCAGAGGGCCACCCGGGGCUGGUACCUGGCGCAGGCCCAGGGGCUGCAGGUGGCGGCCGCGUUCCUGGAGCUGCCCCCGGCGCACCUGGAGGCGCCGCUCCGGGAGCUGAUCCGGCAGCAGGGCUGGAGCAGCCCCAAGGUGGCCCUGCUGGAGGCACAGAAGCUGCUGAGGAGCGUCCUGGUGUCCCUGAUGGGCAGCGAGGUCCUGGGCAGCGCCCGCAGCCGCCCGCCCGAGGAGCCCGGCCCCGACUGCGGCCCGGCGCUGGUGCAGAAGUGGCAGGUGCUGGGGGACGCCCUGGGCUGCUGCCAGCGCCUGGUGACGCUGCUGGGCCGCUGCGAGGUGCUGUGCAGGGCCAGGGCCUUCUGCAGCGAGGGGCUGAGCAUGGCCGGACACCUGCAGGCCGCCCGCUGGUGCACGUGGUUCCUGGUGCUGCAGUCCCAGCUGGAGCUGCAGCAGGGGGAGCUGGAGCUGAGCCAGUCCCACCUCCAGCACGCCCAGUUCCUGCUCCAGCCACAGACUGAACCCAAACCGCGCCGGGAGCCUCGGCAGCGCCGGGCCAAGAUCCAGCUCCGGAAGGGCCACCUGGAGAGGAGGAACCCCCUGGAUCCCAUUCCUGACCCCAUUCCUGGCGGGGAGGAGGACGAGGAAUUCCUGAAGGGUCCCUGCCUGGCCCUCGUGGCUCCGACCGCGCUCCCGGAGCAGCCGGACGCUCUCACGGCCUCGCCGGAGCUGAAGGGAAGAAAAGCCUGGAAAAGUCUGGAAUUCCUGUCCCACCCCUCGGGAUGUCCCUGCUCCUUCUGCCGUGACCCCGCCCUGGUGGCGCUGGGGCUGCGCUGGCUCCUGGCACAGGCCAGGACGUGGUUGGUGGCCGGGGAGGUGGCACCGGGGCUGGCACUCGUGAGGAGGGUGCUGCCCCGGUGUGCCAGCGCUGGCACCCGCCUGGCACGGGAGCUGUGGGGCAGAGUGCAGGGCCUGGGGCUUGGGGACAUCAGCAGGGACAGGGGGGCUCCUCCUGGGAGUGGGGACAUGGUCAGGGAUGGGGACAGGAAUCUGUCAGAUCCCUCUGGGAACGGGGACGUCAUCAGGGAUAAGAGAAUUGCUGGGGAUGGGGACGGAAAUCAGCAGGACCCUUCUGGGAAUGGGGACAUCAGCAGGGACGGGGACAGGAGUCUGCAGGGCCACUCUGGGAAUGGGGACACCAUCAGGGAUAAGAGAAUUCCUGGGGAUGGGGGCAGAAAUCAGCAGAACCCCUCCAGGAAUAAAAACCCCUCUGGGAAUGGGGUCAUCAUCAGGGAUGGGGACAAUCCUGGGGACAGGGACAUCCUUGGGGACAGGGGUCUGCAGGACGUCUCCAGCAAUGGGGACACCAUCAGCAAUGGGGACACCCCUGGGGACAGAGACCCCUCUGGGAAUGGGGACACCAUCAGGGUUGGGGACACCAUCGGGGACAGGGACCCCCCUGGGGACAGCACCCUGGGCCCACUGGCUGAGUUGGUGGCCACUGGCUACUCCACGCUGGCCCUGCAGAGCUUGGCCAGUCCAUCCCAGUGCCCCCCCAUUUGGGACGAGGAGCUGGAGCGGGGACUGACCCUUUUGGGGUCCCAAAGUCCCCCCGUGGCCGGCCUGGGGGUGGCCGUGGCCACUCUGCUGCUGGCCAAAGCCGUGGCCACCCUCGGCCGCGUGGCCACCGCCCUCGGUCGCUCCAUGGACGAUGUCCUGGCCCAGGCCUGGACCCCCCGUCCCCCACCCACUCCCAACCCCUCAAAACCCCAAAAAACCCCCAAAGCUCCCCCCAAAACCGGACCCCAAAAAGCCAAAGCCCCCAAAGCCAAGGCAGGGAAGACCCCAAAAGUGAAGCCCCCCAAAUUUGGGGACGUUUUUGCCCUUGGGGACUCGGACCCUGAGGUUCCCCCCAUUGUCCUGCGGCCGGGGGGGCCCUGCACCCCUCACCCCAAAUCGGGGGUGCCCCCAAAAGCGCUGCUGGGGGGGCCCAGGACCCCCUUCACCAUCUUCAGCGAGGAGCCCUCCCGGCCCGGGGGCAGCUCCCGGCUCCGCAGGGCCCCCAAAAUCCCAGGAAGGGUCAAGUCCCGCAUCAGGGUGACAUUCAGUGACAGCGACCCUGAGGAGCCCCAAAUUCCCCCAGAUCCCCCCAAAACCACGCAGAAAAGUUCCUGCGCCAAGAGGAGGGUUCAGUCCCAAAAAUCCCCCGGGAAUUCUCCAGGAAUUGGGGCUCGGCCCCGACGGGGGCGGCCCCGAAAGGAGCUGGGGACCCCCAAAAAGAGGGAAAAAAGGGGAAUCAACCACGUGGAAAAUGUGGAAAAGAAGGAAAAUGACAUCCCCCAAACAGCUCUGGAAAAGAGGGAAAGAAGGGGAAACCCCAAAGUGGAAAACGUGGAAAAAACGGGAAAUCCCAAAAUGGAAAACGUGGAAGAGAAGGAAAAGGGAAAACCCAAAAAGACUCUGGAAAAGAAGGAGAACAGGGCUCCCCGCCGGGCUGGGGGUCCCCGGGAAAAGAAGGAGAGGGGGAACCCCCAAAGUGGAAUUCUGGAGGAAAAGAGGAACUGGGAAUUUUCUGGGAUUGAGGAGCGGGACCCCCUGAGGGCCGUGGAGGAGGAAGAGGAGGAGGAGGAGGAGAUGAGCUUCGAGCUGCCCCCGCUGCCCCCAGGUGGGGCCAGCAAGGAAAUCCCAGGAACUGGGGACAAGGGGGAUCCCCCAAAUCCAGAAGGAUCCCAGCCCUCUGCCCAGCCUGGUGACCGCUCACUGGACACUGACCCCUCUCUGGCCGCUGUCCGGUCCCUGCUGGCCGAGGCCCUGGCCUGGGUUGGUCACUUCCCCCCGGGCUCUGUCUAUGCCCAGCUGUGCCAGCUGCUGGCCCUGGCCCUUGGGGACAGGGACCCGCUGGCCACCGCGGGGCUGCUGGCAGAGUCCCUUGGUGUCACCAUGCGCCACCAGCUGCUGGCCAUCGUCCACGCCAGGGCACGGAAGAAGAGAAAAGCAGCAGCAGCAGCUGGAGGGGACAUCUCGGAUCAGCUCCGGGGCCUCUCCCUGGAUUCCCAAGAUUCCCUGAAUUCCCAGGAUUCCCAAUCCCACCUGGCUGAGCUCGAGGGGCUUUUCCAGUUCAGCUCUGCGGGUUUGGGGCUGGUGGAGUGGGAUCGGUUCCGGGAGCAGCUCCAGAAGAUUCCCAGCGGUGUCACGGUGUGCCAGCUGUCCCUGGUCAGUGCCACCCCCGGUGCCCUCGGGGACACGCUGCUGCUGACCCGGCUGGAGCGCGGCCAGGAGCCCGUCAGUGUCCGCAUCGCCACCGAGCGCUGCCAGGCCCCCCUGAGCGGGAUCCUGCAGGAAUUCGAGCGGAUCCAGCAGGAGCAGCGCGAGGCCAACGCCUGCACAGAGCGCCGGGAGUGGUGGGAGCGGCGAUCCCGCCUGGACCUGCGCAUGCAGAGCCUGAUCCAGAGCCUGGACUCGGAGGUUUUGGGGUGCUGGCGGGGGCUGUUGCUGCCCCGGGAUCCCGAGAAUUCCCCCCUGGAUGAGCAGGAAUUGUCCCAGCUGCUCCAGGAGCUCCAGGAAUGCGGCUGGGAGCGCCCCGAGCCCACCCUGCUCCGGGUGCUGCUGGCGGUGCUGUCCCCGGCCGAUGUCCGCUCUCUGGCCGCAGCGCUGUGUCCGGCCCGGCCGCUGCGGGCGCGGCUGCUGCUGGACGAGGCCCUGGAGCGGCGCCGGGAGGGCCCCGGGGGCAGCGCGGGGUCCCUGGUGCUGCUGCUGGACAGGCACCUGCAGCGCCUCCCCUGGGAGAGCUCCGGGACCCUGCGGAACGUUCCGGUGACGCGGCUGCCGGGGCUGCACUUCCUGCUGCGCUACGGGCUUCCCCUGCAGCACUCGGGGUCGGUGCUGAGCCGGGGCGUGAACCCCAAAAACACUUUCUACGUGCUGAACCCACAGCGGGACCUGGGCGGCACCGAGGAGAGGUUCCGGGCCUGGUUCGAGAGCGAGCCCGGCUGGCGCGGGGUCUCGGGAGCGGCGCCGACCCCGCAGCAGCUGCAGGAGGCACUGGGGGAGCGCGACCUCUACAUCUACGCCGGGCACGGGGGGGGGCGGCUCCUGGACGGGCAGAGCCUGGCUCGCCUCCCCUGCCGGGCCGUGGUUCUGCUCUUCGGCUGCUCCAGCGCGCCCGCCCCGGCGGGCCUGGUGGGCGAGCUCAAGCUCCGUUGGGGCCGCGCCCUGGGGCUGAUUUGGGUUUGGUGUGGGCUUUGCUGCCCGCUGGUGCUGGGGAACCUGUGGGACGUCACGGACCGGGACCUGGACCGGCUGGCGCAGGCGCUGCUGCGGGGCUGGCUGGGGGGGGGGCCCAGGACCCCCCUGCUGGCCCAGCUGGCCCAGGCCCGCCAGGCCCCCCGCCUCAAAUCGCUCAUCGGGGCCGCCCCUGUGGCCUACGGGCUCCCAGUCAGCCUCUGCUGAGGGGGGGCACGCUCUGGGGGGGCCCUUGGUGCUUUUGGGGUUCCCCCAUUGCCUGGAGUGAGGGUUUGGGGUCCCUUUGGGGUUCCCUCAUUGUCAGGAGUGAAGGUUUGGGGUCCUUGUGGGGUUUCCCCCAUUGCCUGGGGUGAAGGUUUGGGGUCCUUUUAGCAUCUUUGGGGUUCCCCCGUUGUCUGGAGUGAGGGUUUGGGGUCCCUUUGGCAUCUCUGGGGUUCCCCCAUUGCCUGGGGUGAAUUUUCAGGUGGGACCCCAGUUGUUUUUGGGGUCCCCCCAUUAUUUAUAGAGGAGAACUGGGGGGUGCCCUCAUUACCUGGGGGGAGCUUUGGGGUCCUCCCAUCACUUUUGGCAUCCACUUGUGGCCUUUGGAGUCCCGCAUUUGUUACUUUUGGGGUCCCCCCAUUACCUCUGGUGACAAUUUUGGUGCUUCCACCCCACGGGGAUUUUUGGGGCGUCUGAAGGAGAGGAGUGGGUUGGAGCUGCCUUAAUUUUAACGAAAUUUGAACAAGAUUUUUAACAAAAUUUGUUUUUAUUUGCCUGUUUUGCAACAAUAAAGCUGCUGC